AUGAAUGCAUUGUUCAACCAUGCAACGAAACAGAAGACACUGCUUCAGCGAGAUUUGGCCAAAUUUGAGCGAGACCUAACAAUUGCACCAGUGUCGUUACAGGGUUCAAUUGCUGCAACUUUAGUUUCGCUGGAAAAAACAAUCAAUCAGUACCAAGACCAUUUGACGAGGUUUCACGCUACCAACCCCAGCGAGGAUGAGAAUUCAAAGCUGAAGUACCAGACACGGCUAGAUACAUUAAAAGCGGAUUAUGAGGGCGCUAAGGAACGUUACCAGGCUUUAAAAAAACAGUGUAACGAAGAAAACUCGCGGGAAAGGCUGUUUAAGUCCAGCAGCAAUCCUUUUGACGAGGAGCAGAUCGUGAACAAGCGUAAUACAGGCAGUAGUGCAAUGGCUCAGACCAGUGAUGCUGGCUCCACCUCUUUGCCUCUAUAUCAAGGAUUACAAAAGGAGCAAACAGUGUUUGAGCGCGGAAACGCACAGCUUGACUACAUUUUGGAGAUGGGUCAGCAAUCUUUGGAUGACAUUAUGGAGCAAAAUGCGGUUUUGCAGAAAGUACAGAAUCAGAUGACCAAGGGUAUGCAGACUCUCGGUGUUUCCAACGAGACAAUUAACAAAAUCAACAAGCGCGUGUUCAAGGACAAACUUAUCUUUUGGAUGGCGUUGGCGCUGAUGUUCGUCGGAUUUUACCUUGUCCUCAAAUUUCUGCGCUGA